AUGAUGUAUGAAAGCAUGAAGAUUAGGGUAGAGACUGUGGUUGGAACAGGUAAAGUCGGCGACCAGCAUGUUAGCAGUGAAGAAGACCGUGAAGCUUUUAACAAAUGGACACAAGGGUUCACUCGUCAAGACCAUCCCUCCGUAAUCCAGGUUUUGUUAGAGAUGAAAAAAGACAAAGACAACACAGGCCAAUCUAUGCCUAAUCUUAUAUACGUAUCGAGGCAGAAAAGCAAAGCUUCCCCACAUUAUUUUAAGGCUGGCGCCCUCAAUGCCCUGCUCCGAGUAUCUGCCAUCAUGACCAAUUCACCCGUCAUCUUGACUCUGGACUGUGACAUGUACUCCAAUGACACCCAAACACCUCACCGUGUGUUAUGCUACCUUAUCGGUUCCGCAAGUCGGCCCAACUUGGGGUACAUUCAGUUUCCCCAACGCUUUCAUGGCCUGAACGAAGCCGAUAUCUAUGCAUGCGACCUCAAACGUGAGUUUAAAGUCCAACCAGUUGGAAUGGAUGGGCUCUCCGGGCCUAGUUAUGUUGGAACAGGAUGUUUUUUCCGGCGUCGGGUUUUUUUUGGUGCUCCAUCGUCAUUUCUCCCACCUGAAUUACCUGAACUGAGCCCGGACCACGUCGUGGAAAAGCCCAUCAAGGCCCAACCUAUUUUGGCACUAGCGCAUCUUGUAGCUGGUUGCAAUUUUGAAAACCAGACCAAUUGGGGUUCCAAGAUGGGCUUCAGAUAUGGAUCCUUGGUGGAGGACUACUACACGGGAUAUCGACUGCAAUGCGAGGGUUGGAACUCAGUAUUUUGCCACCCUGAUCGGCCGGCAUUUUUGGGGGAUAUCCCUAUCACUCUCAAUGAUGUGCUAAGCCAGACCAAGCGGUGGUCCGUCGGCCUCCUUGAGGUAGCCUUCUCCAAGUAUUGCCCCGUAACAUUUGGUGCCCGGGCCAUGGGCCCUCUAAUGGGUCUGUGUUUUGCAUAUUAUGCCUUCUGGCCCAUAUUUUCUAUUCCAAUCACCACUUAUGCAUUCCUCCCUCAGCUGGCUCUCCUCAGUAAUUUCUCGAUAUUUCCUAAGGUCACAGAUCCAUGGUUUGUCUUGUACAUUUUUUUAUUUCUUGGGGCCUAUGCACAAGAUUGCCUUGACUUCAUCUUAGCCGAUAGUACCAUCCAAAGGUGGUGGAGUGAUCAGAGGAUGUGGCUCAUAAGAGGACUCUCAUCUCAGUUGUUUGGAUUAACCGAAUUUGUGACCAAAAGCUUGGGUGUCGCCACACAUGGAUUCAAUGUCACCAGCAAAGUAGUUGACGAUGAGCAGAGCAAAAGGUAUGAUCAAGGGAUUUUUGAGUUUGGUGUUCCGUCGCCCAUGUUUGUUCCCCUAGCAAUGGCAGCAACAAUCAAUUUGAUCGCGUUCCUCAGGGGACUACUUGAAGUUUGCAGUGGUGGAAAUGUAGAUGGAUCGUUAGUGCAAAUGUUUAUAUCUGGUUUUGGGAUAGUGAAUUGCUUUCCAAUUUAUGAAGCCAUGGUCUUGAGGACUGACAAAGGAAGGAUGCCUAUUAAGACCACCAUCAUUUCUAUAUUUCUGUCAUGGGCUCUUUACACCACAACUUCUCUCAUAUUGAAGAUAUGA